GGUCUGCAGAAACUAGCCUUGUUGUGCAAUGCAGCUUUUUGGAUACAGAAGCUUGUCUGCUUUGCAGCAGCAGCACAUGGUGUAGUGUUAACAUCUGUAAGACAUCCCGAGGCAGCACGUUAGUGCAAAAAGUGGACAAGUUGAGAAGAAACAUCUCUUUCAGUCUCCUUCCUUUUCCUCUUGCUUUGUGCUGCUGUUGGAACAAGAAUGGGUCAACUGUGUGGACGAUGCAUGCAGCUGCUGCGGGACUUCGUGGCUUUUGUUCGGAGAAUGUCUUCGGACUUGAUGGAGGGCAUCAAGGAAUGCUUAACUCUGAUAAGCAAAUGCCCCUGCUUAAAACAAAACAACUCUAAAGCCAGACAGCUGUACAAGCCCAUCCUGCAGCCUCAUGAGAGGGUAACAGCACAGGAGUUUCUGCAGCAUAUUGAAACAGGUUUUGAAAUGUCACCACUUGGAAAGGACCCUCUGGAAGCCUUGAGGACCUUAGCCUAUUCAGAAAACCCAGGUUUACAGCAGUCUGCUGCCCUCUAUUACUUGCAUAUGAGUCAGCACAUGAACAUCCCCCUGCCUGUGGAGCAUCUGGAACCCUUCUAUGCCUUACUGCGGUCUGCUGACCUGGAGGUGCAGCAGAUGUCUUCCUUGUCCCUUGUCAACUUCUUGCUGGAAGGACAUGUUGACAAAGAAUUAGUUGUCCAGAUGGGUUUACUUGAGCCAAUUCUGGAUCUACUUGAGUCAGAGGAUCCCACUGUCCAGUGUAAUUCCUGUGCCUGCACCAUGACUUUGGCUGUUUUAGAGUCCAACCGAGAGGCUAUUGGUGCUGCUCGAGGAGUUACACCCCUACUGUCUCUUGCCAAUUCCUCUGAUCCUAGAGUCCAACAAAAUGCAGUUGGUGCUAUUCUCAACCUCACACAAUCAGAGAAGAUCCAACAGGUCCUAUGCAAGGAAGGAGCCCUACCAGUUCUUGCCUUGCUGCUGGAAUCUCCUGACUCAGAAGUGCAGUAUUACAGCUGUGCUGCCCUAAGCAACAUAGCAGCCAAUGUUCAGCACCACGAAGCCAUGCUGAAACCCAGCAACAGGUUCCUGCUGCAGACACUCAUCUCUCUCCUCUCCUCUUCUGUGGACAAGGUUUCAAGCCAGGCAUGUGUUUGCCUAAGAAAUUUGGCUACCAGUGCAGACAUCCAGGCCGAGAUGGUUGCUGAGGACGUCCUGCCCAAGCUGUGCUCCCUCCUGGCAUCUGGCAGCGAGGACGUACGUCACGCCUCCAUCGCUCUGCUCUGGAUACUGUCCCAGCACCCGCACAACCAGGACACUCUGGCAUGUGCUGAGCUACUACAGAGCCUGGGCAUGCUACUGUCAGCGCAUAAAACAGACCCUGUGAUUGUUGGCCAUACUGCUUGUAUCAUCAAAAACCUGAGCCUUUCCAAAAACAGACAGAGAAUCGUCGAGAGCCCAUGUGUCGAAGGUCUCCUCCAGACCAUGCUUUCUACCGACACUCAAGAAGACUCUCUUCAUUAUGUGACAUCUUGCCUUGCUGAGCUAGCAAAGCAAGAAGUAGCCACUUUACGCAUGGUCCAAUGGAUGGAUGAACCCCUGACAAAGUGCUUGGUGAGACUGGCUGGCCAACUGGAACAUACUGAGCCAUCCUUUCAAGCUGCCUCCAUCAUCCAGCACAUGAUAGGUCACGAAAAAAUGAGGCUUUUGCUGAAGCAUCACGUUGGAGAGAUUCAGGACUACCUCAAGAACUUUCUCACCCACCAAGAGAUCCGCUUUCAGCAGCUGGGCAUCUCCACGCUCUGCAGACUGCGAGAAGAUCCAGAAUUUUCAUUAGCAUUCAGAAAAAGCCAAAUGGCCAAACUCCUUGAGCGAGUCCGUCAACAAACAGAAGAAACUCAAGAGCUCCUUAGGGCAGCCAUUUGCCACGAUGACAGUUAACAUUUAAGCCACGUGGCUUAUGAAAACUUACCAGAUCCAAGAGCCUGAACUUUCAGAGAAAACAAUUCUUUUCUUUGGUUACUGUAGUUAAAGUUUUCCUGCUAUUUGCAGUUUCAUCAUCCAUCUCAAAAGAGAUGUUCCAGUAACAAGAAUCGGAGCAGGUCAAAAGGCAAUCCCUUGAACACCUUGGCUGGCUGCUUAAGGGUGCUUGAGGACUCUGGCUGCAUUCCUUCCGACGGUUUGGAGAACACCAGUUACGCUUGGCUAAUCCUCCGGGGUUUGGUUUUCGUUCCUCACCACCCCCUCCAAAAAAACAGCGCUGUAUUCAUGAGGUUUUAUUCAUGUAACAGGCUGAUUCUAUGGAAGAGGCAUCUCUCAAGUACGCAUUCAUCUUUAUUCUACUUCUGUUCCAUGUCCCUUAUUUCAGGAAACACUCCAGGGACUUGACUUUUGAAAAUAACUCAAUUAACACAUAGUAUAUAAAAGUAAAAAAUUACUAAGAGGUUACUACAGGAAGUAACUGCUGAGGGACAACUCAGAGAAAUUGCAACAAAUUUGUAAGAAACAGUGGGGCAAGCCUUAGGCCUGAUCCUUGUGUACACUGUAGGCACCACAGUCCAGCAGAAAAGCAAAGGCACAUUGACAGAGGGAAGUGGUGCACAGAGCAUAUUCAGAAUAGAGCAACUACCAUGAAAGAUUUGGGUGAGAAGUGUUGGAAUACAGAAAUCUCCGUUCUGCAAAUGGUAAAUUAUUUCCAAAGGUACUCACAACAGGGAAAAAGUGAACAAAUCUGGAAAAAUUAGGAAUCGAUCUUAUAUUUUGAUAUUGAUAUUUCAUUUUAAAAGCAGUUAAAGAGCAAAAAAAAAAGAAGUAGUGGUAUGUUUAAAUUCAACUACUUUUCUUACAUGUGUACAGGAUACUGAACAACCACCCCUUUCCUCUCCUCCAGAGGGAAAAUCUGUCUCACAGACCUUUUAAGCCAAUCAGAACAGUAUUUUUCAGGAAAAAAUUGUAGCACAGAGCCUUGAAAUUAUGGGUUACUAGUUUUUUAAUAUGGGUUUUAAUUUGUAAGAGAAUAGUAAUCUAAUAAUCAUCAUCUGUUAGUAAUCCAGUUCCACCUUUGAUCAAUACACUUGGUUUUAAAUACAAGAAUCUGGCUGGAGCUUCAUGUUGAACUGGCUGGAAUACUGAAAUUUUGGAACCGUUCUUCUGGAAAGACAUCUGCGCGCAGGUAGCACGGUUUCUUAUGAAAACAUUUCUGAAGAGUUUCCUGUCUUUUGAGGUGCUUCUGACCAUGCUACAACUCUUGCAUGCAUGUAGAGCUUUAGAGCUGCUACUGGCUACAAACAUGGAAUAAAAGUGAGAUUAAAACAAUA